AUGGCCCCUCCAAAAGGAGGAGGAAAGAAGAAAAAACCAAACGAACUGACUCCUAAGCUCGAAGGCCAUCGUGAGGGUCCGAAAUUCGUCGUCAUUAAACGCAAUAAUGGGUCUUUCGAAAAGGUUAGCCCAGUUUUCAUCCAUAAAGGUAUAAAAAGCAUCUGCGGGGAACCUUUGAACGUCGUCAAGCUGAGGGAUGGAACGCUACUAGUAAAAACUACUAGUAUCAACCAGGCCAAUCAGCUUCUCCGCUGCAAAAAAAUGUUUGACAUGGAAAUUGCGGUGGAAGAAAACGCAAAGCUAAAUCAAUCUAAGGGGAUUGUUACAUGCGCUGAUCUUAGAUACGCUACUGAAGAGGAAAUAGAGGAAGAUCUGGAGAAACAAGGAGUUUGUAAAAUUGAAGUCAUGAUGAGCAAGAGGGACGGUAACUUGAAUCCUACCAACAGUUUCAUUCUUACGUUCAAAUCCACUGGAAUCCCUGAGACUGUUAAAGUUGGAUACCAUGUUCUACGUGUACGUCUGUUCAUACCCAGACCGAUGAGGUGCUACCAAUGUCAAUUAUUCGGUCACUCAUCCAAGUUCUGUAUGGAGAAAGAGAAACUGUGGUUCUACAGAGCACGCAUCGUGGUCUAA